AUGAAUGGUAUGCAAAAUGCCCUGAUGGGCGGAACGUGGCACGCCACCGUGGGCAUCGCUGACCGCCAAAAGGUGGUCCAAGUGCUCGCUUCAUCGCUCAAGGGCAUCCGUAAUACCGAUGAUCUGAGGGCUGCGACCAUGGCUCUGGAGUUCGAAAAAUACACAUUCAUGAAGGCUGCCUCCAAGGAGGAGUAUAUGCGAUUGAUCAAGCACAAAGUCACCCAAUUGAACGCUGGAAAACGUGCAAACCCCGAUGGUGGACCCAUGGGCCAGAACGACAUGGCUGGCCAGGGUAUGAAUCCGGGAAUGAACCAGGGUAUGAAUCAGAAUAUGAACCAGGGCAUGAGCCAGAAUAUGAACCAAGGCAUGAACCAGAAUAUGAAUCAGAAUAUGAACCAGGGCAUAAACCCUGGCAUGAAUCAAAACAUGAAUCAGAACAUGAAUCAGAAUAUGAACGCUAUGGGCAACCAGAACAUGAACUCUAUGGGUAAUCAGAACAUGAGUGGAAUGAACCAGAAUAUGGCUAAUCUGGCCAAUCUGAACAUGAAUAACAAUUUUAUGGCUCGCCAGCAGCAGCAACAGCAGCAACAGCAGCAACAGCAGCAGAUGAUGCGCAACAACAUGAUGUCGCAACAAGGACAGGUGAAACCCGCACAGCAGAAACUGGUAAAUCCUCUGCAACCUCAACAGCCUCUGCAGAUGCAACCAUCACUACAGCCUACCCAGCAACAAAUCCAGCAGAUUAGCAACAUGAUUCGAACUGUCACUAUCCCAUCCGCAUUGUUAGCCAAAAUACCCAACUUGCCCCCCAAUGCCAACACAUGGGCCCAGAUUUACGAUUGUAUGAAUAACAACGUCAUUCCGAAGUCUGCAUUGCCCCUAGUGAAGGAAAUUCACAAUUCUCACUUUCAGCUCGCAUUAAGACAGCAUCAACAGCAGAAACUUGCGCAGUUUCAGCGUAUGAAUGGUAACACCCAGGGCAACGAUGCGGCCAUGAGGGCUGGACAGAAUGCUCAGUUCAACAUGACAGGAAACAACAAUAAUAAUAACGUGAACAUGAACUCAAACAUGAACGCGGGCAUGAAUUCUAAUAUGGGAUCGAACAUGAAUACUAACAUGAAUAAUAUGGGAAACAUGUCCAACAUGAACAUGAACCACAUGAACAUGAACAACAUGAACAAUAUGAACAACAUGAACAAUAUCAACUCCAAUAUGAAUAACAUGGGUAACAUCAAUUCCAGUAUGAACAAUAUGGGCAACAUGAACAAUAUGAACAGGCAAUUACAAGGCAAUAAUGUGAAUAUGGACCAACUGCUGAUGCAGCAGCAAAAACAGCAAAGUGUUUUCCGAGGAAACAAUAAACCUCAGAACAUUCCACAGGCGCAGAAUGCGAUGGCGAUGCCCAUGAAUGCCUCACAGCAGCAGCCACAACAACCACAACUGCAAAUUUCUAACCAGCCAGUUGGAAUGGCUCAAACACGUCAACAGCAGAAUGAUCUUCAAAAUAUGCAAAUUACUGCGCAAGACCUUGCGAAGUAUAGUGGUGAUGCCAUGACUUUCUUGCAAAGAUUGCAACAGAGUGGUACAAUGCCGGGCAAUUUUGAUCGUGCUCAGAAGGAGAAGUUCAUCAGAAGAUAUGUUCUCCAUCAAAAGCAGAAGAAUCAGAAAGAGCAGGGUCAAGCUCAGAAUCAAAAUAUGGCACCUAACAGUUUCCAGUCUAUUCAACAACCAGAACAACAACAGUCUCUCACGCAGCAACAACCGCCAUCGCAAUCGAUGUUGCAACCAAAUAUGUCUGGUCAGCCUCCGCAGCUGCUGCCAAUGAUGGGUCAAAUGCCUCAACCAAAUCAAGCUGGAAUGAACCAACAGCACUUCUCGCCAAUGGUAGGACAAAAAGCUGUUCCAGUUCAACAACCAGCGAAUAACAUUAAUGCUAAUCAGAUGAGACAAAAUCCUCCCACGGCAAUCAUUCCUGCUCUCACUGAUGAGAUGAAGGCAAAGUUGAGAGCAUUGUUCGAGGAAGUGGCUAGAAAUGCUGUGCCUCUUAAGGACAUGACGUUGUUAUUGUCGGAAAAGGAUAAGGCACAAGUGAGGGAAACUAUGACCAAGAUUACCCAACAAUACGCCAACGUUGACAGCAUACUCAACUACUUCUACCAAUUGACAAGAAGUUUGGAAGCUACGAAGAGGUUAAUACAAUUGAAGCGUAUGACAAAGAACAUCUUGGAGAAUUUGCAAAGAGGAGUUUUUCUAGCCACGCCUGAGUUGGUGGAGAAGAUGCGGGCACAGUAUCAGAAGUAUUUUGAUUACGUGAAGGAACAACUUACUUUGAAGAGACAGCAGCAAAGCCAACAACAGCCAGUUGCACCUCAACAAGGAAGAAACGUGCCUGGUGCGCAGCAGUUCAAUGUCAAUCAGCAAUUCACUCCUCUGAACAUGCAGCAACAGCCAGCUCAGCAACAGAACUUCCCUGUUCAAGCUGGAGGUCCUCAAAUGGGCAUGCAAUCUGGGAUUCCCGGUCAGCAGCAGCAGUUUGUCAGAAAUGCAACAAAUUCACAAAUGCAACAGGAUUGGCAAAAGCCUAAUAAUAAUUUAGCCCCACAAAGAGUGGGCGGUGCUAUGUCAUCCAGUCCUAUCAUGCCUAAUGCUGUUUCUCCUUCAGUAGCACAAACUGCAGCUAAGAAGGGCCCUGUUAAGGCUCCCUCUGUGACAGCUACAGCAGCCAGAAGAAAAUCUGCAAAAUCUGGCUCUACACCAUCUGCUAGUGCUCCAACUCCUGCCACGUUGGCUAAUGCUAUCAAGACUCCGAACAGCAUAUCCACGCCACACAUUCCGCAAUCACAAAGCAACAAGGGCACACCUUUGGGCAACUCUCCACACCUUGACAACAAAAACCCUGUAGUGGAGGUUCCUUUGUUGGGUGAAGUAUUCGGAGUCAGCAGCGCUGACUCGAAGGUGAUCAAGAGGAGAGAGCUAUCAACGUCCAAUCCCGAAAAAUUCUUUUUUGCGGCCUUGUCGAACUUGCUUGAUCUUCCAGAUGGAGAAAAUGGUCAGAAUGGUAGUAAACCAGCUGUUGACGGCAGUAAAGCAUUGAUCAAUUCCCCUCUCUCUCCGAAAGUUCCUGGUGAAUGGAGUAGCGACGUGAAGCCGUAUGCAAUUACGUCUGCGUUCCGUCAAGUUGAGUUCAUCAGAGAGUUGACCUCUAGCGAUAUUUUGGAUGAAUGCAGACAGAUGGUUGAGCAGGAGGCGAUUGUGAAGAAGGAGAACAGCGUCAAGCGUGAAAGAGAGGAGGAUAAUGACUUGGAGCUUCUCUUUGGAGAGAAGAAAGUCAAGACAGAAGACGUCGAGUUUGAGAGAUAUCUAUAUGAGCCCGUCGAGUUCGAAGAGUGGAAGGGUUGGAUAAACGGACUCCAGCAGACUAACACUUAA